AUGAUUUUCCGUAUUCUUCUUGUCCUUGCUCUUGUAGCUGGAACAGGUGCUGUCACCAAAGCAGUUUGCGAAGCCUUCUGUUCAUCUGUCAAUGGUGGAGCAUCGUAUGAUUAUUGUUCACCAUGGAUCAGUUUCUCUCAACAAGCCAACAAAACUUGCUACAAUCUCUGUGUCAACAAUUGUUAUAAUGUUUAUGAUGGAAGUUGUAUGACUGAUAGUAACUUCAGAUGUUGUUUGAAUACUAAACCAGCUAAAACUCAAGAAUUCAAAGUUUCUGGAUGCAAUAUUCUUUACAACAACUUGAUCGAUGACUACUGGAACUAA